AUGUCGUCCUCCUUCCCUGCUGAGGCGUCCAUGUGGAUGCAGAACGCCGUUCACCUCGACACGGACCACAAAUACGUGGAGGCGGAGGAGUGCUACACGAAGGCCAUUUUUUUAUUUCGGCAGGCCCUCUCGAACCCGAACAUGGCGGACACCGAGCGACAGAAGCUCAUGAAUUACAUGAGCGAUGUGGCCAAGCGCAUACAGCGGCUGCGCGCGCUGAACCGCACUUCUCAGAGUGCGCACUCGCCUGGGCCUAGUGGUUCUCCGGCCGGCUCGCUGGGGCGCCAUGCGUCGUCUAGGCAGGCAAGCGAGCACACGUCUCCUCGUGGCUCCGACGCCGCCGCGACGGCCCUCGGCGCGCGGAAUGCACGUGGUAAGACCGGCAAGACUGCACCCGCAGACGCCAAAAAUGACAUGAAAGUGCUGGACGCCAUUCAAGUCAAUCAAACCGAUCCAUUUCAGGCCAGCGACCCCAGCCCCAGCCCGUCCGCCACGUCGUCGAUGUCGGGCAAGCGCACGUUGCCGCUGGCUUCCCCGACCCCUUCACCCUCGUCUGCGCCGCCAGGUAAGCCAACCUGCGGCAGCGACGGCGCGCCAGAAGGUGGCAAGCCAGGCGACAGCUCCGCGGCACCGCCAGCGUUGACGACUCCGCCACCACCUGACCCCUCGCAGCAGCUAUUCGGCGUCGCGUCUCACUUUGCCCCUCGUACGUCCGAGAUGGUCUACAAGGCGAUUGGGAUCUCGAUUCAGCUUAGCCAGCAAGGGGAGCUCAAGCGGGCGGUAGAUGUGCUGCAGCAUGCCUACUCGCGGGGCAGCCGUGAGCGCAACAACCCUGGGAAUUUCAAGGAGAUUGGCGAGACGCUGAAGGUGAUGCGCCAGAAGUACUACGCAAAACACCCGCCACGCUUCCUGCAGGACAACCCGAUCCUGCCGAGCGAGAUGGAGCUUCUGCGCAGGAGCGGCGUCACAAGCACGAUCCUGCUUCCGCUCUGGGACGAUGUGCAGGAGGGCUACGGAGCUGAGAACAUCUUCAUGCCCUGCGAGGGAGUUUGGGAGGACGCCUUCACACCAAAGCUGUGUCAGCGGCAAAUCAGCUCUGGCGCCGUCCUCAUGCACUUUUCCGGAUACCGGCAGGCGGGGCUGGACUACACCAUUGUGCGCGAGGCGGAUCCACUGCACAUUCGGCAGAGCGUCGUCGGCGACUGCUCACUCGUCUGCAGUCUCAUGAUCUGCGCCAGCUACCAGAAGCGCUUCCCGAACGCGAAGAUCAUCAGCAACGUCAUCUACCCUCAAGACCGCGACGGCAACCCGAUCUUGAACCCGAAGGGCAAGUACUGUGUAAAGAUGCUCAUCAACGGUAUUACUCGCAUCGUCACGGUGGACGAUCGCCUGCCUGUGAACCCUCAGUCGAGGCGCUUUCUCUGCACGAGCAGCACGGAUCCGAGCGAGUUGUGGGUGUCCAUUAUGGAAAAGGCGUUCGUCAAGGUGUGCGGCGGCAGCUACAACUUCCCCGGCAGCGUCAGCUACGCCGACCUGUACAAGCUAAGUGGGUGGCUGCCAGACUCGACGGCGUUCGACAAGCCCGAGUUCGACCGAGAGUUUCAGUGGCGGCGGCUUUAUCAAAACUUCAAGGCCGGCGCUCUGCUCUUCACAGUCAGCACCCCUGUGGAGAUGCCGGCAGCGGACGAAGCGCUCGGGCUCGCCGCAGGCCACGCGUAUGCAGUGCUGGACAUGCAGGAGGUGGGCAAGGAGCGUGUCAUGCUGCUGCGCAACCCGUGGGGGAAGCAGGAGUGGAACGGCAAGUACGGCCGCCGAGACACCAGCGAGGCAAGCAUCGCCGUCCGCGCCGCCUUUGAUCUCAAACGCAAAGAGGAGGACAUGGGCGUCUUCUGCAUCGCCUACGAUGAUGUGGUGCGCUGCUUCGACAACUGCAGUCUGAGCUGGAACCCAUACAUGCUGUACCGCACCCCGGAGGGUGGGCCGCGCCGACCGGUGCGCAUCGCGUGCCACGGCACCUUCGACUACACCCUCAGCACGGCGCUGUCGCCGCAGCUGCACAUUGGUGUCGUCGACGCCCCGAAGCGCACGCGCAUGCACCUGAUCUUAUCUCGCCACAUCACCGACGUCUCGGAGUUUGGCCGACAGUACGAGAAGGACGACCACACGACACCGUACUUGGCCUUGAAGGUGUACGACGUGACUGACUACCCGUCUGUAGCGCAGCACCUUGGUGGCCAUUGCUCGCUGGAGAUGUGCUACUGCCGCCGCCUCGCCUCGAACUCGGACUUCAAGAACAGCAUCGAGCCCCUCAACGAUGUCAUCUACCGCGCCUCGUCUGCGCGCACUUUCAGCUUCGACUGUCCCGCCGGCUCGAGCAAUCUGGUGGUGGUCGUGUCGCGGACUGCCUCAAAGGAGCGGCAGCCUUUCAACUUCACCGUGACCCUGCACACGGAGCUGGAGCAGAUGCGGCUGCCGCGGUUGCAGGGCAACUACGGCAGCGGCGCCGAGGACAAGAACUCCCUCCUGGCAAGCGCCAACGCCAACGCCGGGAGCCCGCACGCUGGAGUGUACAUGCACAUGAUACCGACCUCCUCGCUCAAGUUCAUGACGCGACUGUCAGGCGAGUGGGUAAAGGGCAAGACUUGCGGCGGCCGCACCGACGCCGCCACGUAUGUCUUCAACCCGCAGUACCGCCUGCACCUGAACCAGCCCUCGCACGUGUCGCUGAGACUGGCUGUGACAGGGUGCGAGGUGCCGUGCUCGAUUCAGAUGAUCAAGCCGAUGUCGUCCAGCAAAUACGAGGAGAACGAGGGCAGCGGCGGUACCAAGCGCAAGAUGACUGACUUCGACGGCCGCGUCGGGAACGGCGCCAAGGCGGGCGAGCUUGUCCUUGAGAGCGCCCGCUACGCCUUUGGUGGUGCUGUUCUAGAUAGCGCGCUGCCGUUCUGCGUCUGCUACGACCGCUACCGCUCCCUCGGCAAGCUGCAGUGGAGGGAGGCGAAGAAGGUGCUGGUGAACGUGACCGCCCCGAACCGGGCGCCGGAGUUCUUCAUCGUCUACGACCUCGAGGACACCGACACCGUGGCGAUGCUUCUCCUGAAUGCCAUAAAGAAGGGUUGCGCUGCCUCCCCACGCGACGCGCACUUUACCGUGAACGAGAAGCCGAUCACGCUCGAGGCCACCAUCGCGUCGCUCUUCCAGCUCGCGUCCUCCCUCGGCGGUGAAUCCCUCGCCUCUGGCGGGGAUGGCGCGACAACUGCGAAGUCUGUCACAGUAACCCUCACCCUGGACGGGAAGGCGGCGCCGAUCGAGUCUGCCUCGAGCCCACCUGUGCGGAAGCUGAAGGAAGUCAUGAGCGACAUCGUCUCGGAUGUGCUCAAGUGCUCGUCCCAGUUCAGCAGCUACGUGCCACGCCUGACGCAUCUUGCCAGGCAGGCGAACAGUGCGCUGACCGGGGCCAGCGACGCCGACGUGCGAGCGUACAUUCUCGAGCUCACCGCUUACCUUGGUGACUACGUGAAGCGGUGUGCCAGCGCGGUGCGGCCGGCACAGACGCCGCAGGCGCUGCUUCCGCUGCUUCCUGCCGGCGAUUACACGGUCAUUCCAUCGUUAUGGGAGAAGGGCAAGCCUGGCAGCUUUGAGGUGACGGUGGAGACGUCGCAGCCACACAAGGUGUCGGCGAUUCCGGAGGAGGGGCACAACAUGCAAGAGACGCUUGUGCGCGGCGCACUACGCCCCGUCGCUGCUUGCCUGAGCACCUCACUGAUGAAGCCAAGGACAGUGCUCCGAAUGAAGGAUCCGUUCUUUGAGAACAGCAAGGUGCAGGUGCUCUGCCCCGCCCGCUCCGUCUUCAUGAGUCGUCUCUUUGUCCUCAUUGACAUGGUGGAUGCGGAGGCGAAGGGUCAGCCGGCCAAGGCCCCUGCCACGAACCUGAGCCUCUUCCGUGUGCACGACACGUCAUCGAUGGAGCUGGUGUGUGCGUCAGACGAGUACUCCCACGGCGGUGUGUCAACCCCACCUGUGGAGCUGGAGGCGAAGACGCAGUAUCUGCUCGUGGUGAGCGCGAAGGAGAGCGUGGCUGACAAGUUCCUCCUCCGCAUCUAUACCAGCGGCAGCUGCAUCGCUCAGCUGGCGAACUGA